ACAUACAUCCUGUCUUCCUAGAAACUUGAAACUAGGAUUGGGUUAAAAUUGGAACCGAGUUUAGUGCCAUGGAUGAAUGAGUGUUUCACAUUGUUAUCGCGUCAAAACGGAAAUAAGAGGAGGGGAUUAAGCUAAUGCCUUGUCAUCACUGGGUGGCAAACUGUCGUAUUUUCAUUGAUGCGGUGUUUUCUUUCCCGUCAGGUACUUCCAGCCGUGUGGGCCCGGGGCAGUUUGGUUGGUGGACGUGAAGCUACCCACGCUUCCACCAGCCCCAAUUGGCGAGGCCACACCACACCACACCACGCGGGAGCGGGGCGGGCACCAGAAGCAGACGGCGAGCGAGCGACACACCUCUCAUCUGCCCGCCCCUCUCCUCCGUCCAGCCUCUCCCCCUCUCCUCUCCUCUCCUCCCAAAACAAGAGCAGCGAGACGCGCGCGCGCGCGCCACGAGCUGGUGGAACCUCGCCGCCUCCCGCGGCAGAUCUCGCGCCGAGCCCUGGUUUCGACGCGAGAUCCGCGCCCGCCGUCCGCCGCUCGCCGCCUCCGUCCCGGAGCAUUACCAGGAUUAUACUUCCACCUUGAAGAUGGCGAUCGGAUUACUAGCGUUUGAGAGCCACCAGGGGCUCUGGAACAGCGGAUACUAUUCACAGUUGUUUGGAAUUGGAGGAGUUCUCAUCACUCUUACCAUUCUUAUGUUAUCCACGGGCUACUUUGGGGGAAUUGGUGCCCCAUUUGCUCCAUAUUUCUGGCCGUAUCUAGGACAAGUUCCAAAGAAGAGGGAACGCAAAAGGCCUGUGAGAGUGUACAUGGAUGGAUGCUUUGAUCUCAUGCACUACGGCCAUGCAAAUGCAUUGCGGCAGGCCAAAUUGCUGGGCGAUCAGCUUGUAGUUGGAGUGGUUAGUGAUGAGGAGAUUGUGGCAAACAAAGGUCCACCUGUCCUUUCUAUGGAAGAGAGGUUGACUCUUGUUAGUGGUCUCAAGUGGGUCGAUGAGGUCGUUCCCAAUGCACCCUAUGAGAUAACAGAAGAAUUCAUGAAUACUCUCUUCAACAAGUACAGCAUUGAUUACAUUAUUCAUGGAGAUGAUCCUUGUCUUCUACCUGAUGGCACUGAUGCAUAUGCGCUAGCGAAGAAGGUCGGGCGUUACAAGCAAAUCAAGCGAACAGAAGGUGUCUCGAGCACUGACAUAGUUGGGAGGAUAUUGCUAACAUUCAGGCAGAAAGAUGCUGACACUGAUUUAAGUGUUGUCGUUGCUGAGAAGUCUGGAGAGAAAUCAAAUGAUGAAGUGAAAAGUCAGCUAUCUCAUUUCCUUCCAACUUCUCGCCGGAUCAUGCAGUUUUCAAAUGGGCAGGCUCCUUCGCCAGGUGCUCGUGUUGUCUAUGUAGAUGGCACAUUUGAUCUUUUCCACGCUGGCCAUGUUGAGUUCCUCAGGAGUGCCAGACAACUUGGUGACUUUCUUCUUGUGGGUAUCUAUGACGACGAGUCGAUCAGGGAUAGAAGAGGCUGUCGUCCUAUAAUGCAUCUCCAUGAGCGUACUCUUGGUGUUCUUGCCUGCCGUUAUGUUGAUGAAGUCAUUAUUGGUGCACCAUGGGAAGUUUCUAAGGACAUGAUCACUACGUUUAACAUUUCAUUGGUUGUCCAUGGGACUGUAGCUGAGGGCAAUUCAGCUGGUGAAAUUGAUCCUUAUGCUGUUCCAAAGAGCAUGGGGAUUUUCCAGACAAUCAGGAGCCCAAAAUCUAUAACAACAUUGUCAGUGGCGACAAGAAUAGUUGACAAUCAUGAAGCUUACAAGAAGAGGAACCUGAAAAAGAAGGCUAGCGAAGACCGGUACUACACACAAAAGAAAUUCGUUUCUGGAGACUAGUGCUGCACAAGGAGUGUAUAUUUCUGCCAGCAGUCCGAGGAAAUGCAUGUGCCACCCUGUAUUGAUGUUAUUCUACAGCAGAGACUGGAACAGAUAAUCAGCAAUAGAAAGGUCACAAUGAUAGUUUGAGCAAUGGUGUGGAUGGACCAAGCUAGGGAAGAGAGAGAGAGAGAGAGAGGGAGAAAACUGUCACAUUCUUCUGCUGUCGCCCUUUUAGGAACGCUCACAUGACAUGAGGAGUUCACAUAAACGAUUCUUUUUCUUUCUGACUUUGUUAUCCCCGUAUGGGGAUUUAUAUAUAUCUGUAGCUGAAGGCCUUCAGCAAACCGUUGUUGUAUACUUGUGUGUUGUUACUUAACAGCGUGUGUAGUGAUUAGCACUGCACACUCCCUGAUUGUACCAUGGUAUAUUGAAUGUUUAUACUGCUGGAAGAAAAAAAGGGGGACCUUGUGAUGGUCAGAUGUUUAAUUUA